GCUGGGUCUUCCCCGGCAGCUGUGGUGGCGGCUCUCCGGGCCGCUGGAGGUGAGCGGGGGCUGUGGGGACAGCGGAGCCCUAGGGACCGCGCGGCAGGGAGCGGCCGCCAAGGGGCACGGAAAUCCUCUGAACAGCCCAGACUCUUGUCAAACGAAUUAGCAGGGAUCUUACGUCAGGUUGAAGAGAAAUCCACAUACGUGGUUGGUUGGUACUCUCUACCACCAUGGGGGAGCUUUUCCGGAGUGAGGAGAUGACACUGGCUCAGCUUUUUCUACAGUCAGAAGCUGCUUACUGCUGCGUCAGUGAAUUAGGAGAACUGGGAAAGGUUCAGUUUCGUGAUUUGAAUCCAGAUGUGAAUGUUUUCCAGAGGAAAUUUGUGAAUGAAGUUAGAAGAUGUGAAGAAAUGGAUCGAAAGCUUCGAUUCGUUGAAAAAGAGAUAAGAAAAGCUAAUAUUCCAAUUAUGGACACUGGUGAAAAUCCAGAAGUGCCCUUCCCCCGGGACAUGAUUGACUUAGAGGCCAAUUUUGAGAAGAUUGAAAAUGAGCUGAAGGAGAUCAAUACAAACCAGGAAGCUCUGAAGAGAAACUUCCUAGAAUUGACCGAAUUAAAGUUUAUACUUCGCAAAACUCAGCAGUUUUUUGAUGAGGCUGAAUUGCAUCAUCAGCAGAUGGCGGAUCCAGACCUGUUGGAAGAGUCCUCAUCCCUCUUGGAUCCAAGUGAGAUAGGAAGAGGCACACCUUUAAGACUUGGCUUCGUGGCUGGUGUGAUUAACCGGGAGCGCAUCCCUACUUUUGAGCGCAUGCUUUGGCGGGUGUGCCGGGGCAAUGUGUUCCUGCGACAGGCUGAAAUCGAGAACCCCCUGGAGGAUCCUGUGACUGGUGACUACGUGCACAAGUCUGUGUUCAUCAUUUUCUUCCAAGGUGAUCAGCUGAAAAACAGAGUCAAGAAAAUCUGUGAAGGGUUCCGGGCCUCACUCUAUCCCUGUCCUGAAACACCACAGGAGAGGAAGGAAAUGGCUUCUGGAGUUAACACCAGGAUUGAUGACCUCCAAAUGGUUUUGAAUCAAACAGAGGAUCACCGCCAGAGGGUUCUACAGGCAGCUGCUAAAAAUAUCCGAGUCUGGUUUAUAAAGGUGCGGAAGAUGAAGGCCAUCUACCACACUCUGAACCUCUGCAACAUAGAUGUGACCCAGAAGUGUCUAAUUGCAGAGGUCUGGUGUCCGGUCACUGACCUCGAUUCUAUCCAGUUUGCACUCAGAAGGGGCACGGAACACAGUGGGUCCACUGUGCCCUCCAUUUUGAACAGGAUGCAGACAAACCAAACUCCCCCAACAUACAACAAAACAAACAAGUUCACAUAUGGGUUUCAGAAUAUCGUAGAUGCUUAUGGAAUUGGGACCUACCGAGAGAUAAAUCCAGCUCCAUAUACUAUAAUCACCUUCCCUUUCCUGUUUGCUGUGAUGUUUGGGGACUUUGGCCAUGGCAUUUUGAUGACCCUCUUUGCUAUGUGGAUGGUGUUAAGAGAGAGCCGCAUCCUCUCCCAAAAGAAUGAGAAUGAGAUGUUUAGCACUGUGUUCAGUGGCAGAUACAUUAUUCUACUGAUGGGUAUUUUCUCCAUCUAUACUGGCCUCAUCUACAAUGACUGCUUUUCCAAGUCUCUUAAUAUCUUUGGGUCAUCCUGGAGUGUGCGGCCAAUGUUCACUUUAUCUAAUUGGACGGAGGAGACGCUUCGGGACCACUCUGUUCUCCAGCUGGACCCAGCCAUCUCUGGAGUGUUUGGUGGACCAUACCCUUUUGGCAUCGAUCCAAUUUGGAACAUUGCCACCAAUAAAUUGACCUUCCUGAACUCCUUUAAGAUGAAGAUGUCUGUUAUCCUUGGUAUCUUCCAUAUGUUGUUUGGAGUCAGUCUGAGCCUUUUCAACCAUAUCUAUUUCAAGAAGCCCUUAAAUAUCUACUUUGGAUUUAUUCCUGAAGUAAUCUUCAUGUGCUCUUUAUUUGGCUACUUGGUUAUCCUUAUUUUUUACAAGUGGACAGCCUAUGAUGUUCAUACAUCUAAGAAAGCACCAAGUCUUCUGAUCCAUUUCAUAAAUAUGUUUCUCUUUUUCUACGGUGACUCUGAAGAUGCUAUGCUGUAUUCUGGACAGAAAGGACUUCAGUGUUUCCUUGUAGUGGUUGCCAUGCUAUGUGUACCUUGGAUGCUACUUUUGAAACCACUGAUCCUUCGCCACCAAUAUUUGAGGAGGAAACAUUUGGAAGGGCAACCUGUGGAGGCCCCAGUCAGCCCAACCCCGAGCCAACAGGGACUAAAGGCAGCAGCGGCUGCAACAGGAACUCUCAACUUUGGUGGGAUCAGGGUGGGCAACGGACCGACAGAGGAGGAUGCUGAGAUUAUUCAGCAUGACCAGCUCUCCACCCAUUCAGAGGACGCGGAAGAGCCUACCGAGGAUGAAGUGUUUGACUUUGGAGAUACCAUGGUCCAUCAGGCCAUCCAUACCAUCGAGUACUGCCUGGGCUGCAUCUCCAACACCGCCUCCUACCUGCGGCUCUGGGCCCUCAGCCUUGCUCAUGCGCAACUAUCUGAGGUGCUUUGGACCAUGGUGAUCCACAUUGGCCUGAAGGUGAAGAGCUUGGCAGGAGGUUUGGCGCUGUUCUUCAUCUUUGCCGCCUUUGCCACCCUGACCGUGGCCAUCCUCUUGAUCAUGGAGGGCCUCUCAGCCUUCCUGCACGCACUGCGGUUACACUGGGUUGAGUUCCAGAAUAAAUUCUACAGCGGGAAUGGUUUCAAGUUCCUGCCCUUCUCCUUCGAGCACAUUCGAGACGGGAAGUUUGAUGAGUGAGCCCCUUGUGAGGCUGUACCCCCGCUGCCCUCCUCCUCCACGGUGAUGCCUAUUGGUUGUGAUCCCUAAGUGCUAGGGCAUUUGUGACAUCCCUGCCACCCCUCCUCCAGCCAUCUGUGAGUCAUUUAGAUAGCCCCAGCCCUCAGGGGUCUCCUGCCACCUCUGGUUUUGUGUGUAGUGCAGUGAUUUUUCUAGAAAGAAGCUGGCCUCAGGCUGUCUGUUACAGCCACUAAGCACUAGCAGUGCCCUCUAGGCCUCAGCUGGCCCCUUCUCUGUCCUUUGGUGGUGAGCCUGUCUGUGCAUGUACAUGUGAGCCCCAAGCCCUUGGGACAUCUUGCCUAAUAGUGGAUAGGAGCGCCUUCACCCUCCACACCUAGGUCUUGAGCCUCAGCUCCUGCUAUUCUAGUUAUGAGUUUGGGCAGGGUGCUUUUUAACACACCCCAUCUUGGAUUAACAAGGCUUGGUCCAGGAAGAUAGUAUCACUGGCCUUUGCCACCCACUCCCACCAGUCUUCAGAGCACUUGUUAAUCAGGAAUUCAGCUAGACCCAACUCUGCCAUCAUGCAUGACUCCUCCCUGUCACACAUACCUCCAAGGUCCCCAGAUACCACCUUCCUAAUCACUACCCAGCCAUCUCCUCCACCUCCUCCUCUUCCUCUCUCCCAGAACCUUCCCCACUCCAUUUGCACCCAACAUGAUUUGACAGAGCUGGGAGUAACCCAGAACAGGUCCUCACUGGCCCUUUGGUUGGCUGCCUCUCAGGCCAUGUGUGGCCCUGGUGAAGACCCCCAGGCCUCUCCUGACCUUCAAUCAUGAGUCUUCAUGCAGGACUGUAGUCGAACAGGGUGUUUCUGCUGCAGGCAGGCCUGCCUUGCUUUGCCCACCUCUGCCUCUCCUGUCUCCGCAUUGAUCCAAGGUCAAGGGGGGUCCUGGGCAGGGAUGUCUGUGUUUAUGGCUUGCUGAUAGGAGGUGACUGGCAGGGCUGCCACUGCAUGUAGUUGUGAGGUGUGUGUGGCCUUACCCUGUAGGCUGGUGGUGGGUCCUCCAAAGGGCCCACCUUCACUGUCACCCCCAUGAUGACCAUGCUGUGGACUGAGGACCUUUUAAUCAUGUGUUGGCAUAGCAGCUCUGGCUGCUUCAGCUAACUUGAUCCCCACUCCUUUCUGUGGUUGAGAUAACCCCAUAAUCAACCAUAAUCCCUGCCCUCCUCCCACCCUGUCUUUUCAAAGUGAGCUGCUCACUGGACUCCUGGGCUGGGCCUGCCUGGGCCUGGGUUGCCUCAGCUUUACUUAGCACUGGCCAGUGUCACCUGACUCAGACCUUGUACAGAGUCCCCUCCCUGCUGGUCCCUGUGGUUUAUGUGAUGAUCUUUGCUCUGUGUGCAGUAGGGUUGGAAGCAGAGUUCUUUGUCAGAAAUCCUGCCCGAAGCCCUUCUGUUUAGACAUCCCUGCUGUGCUGAAUAAAGUGUUUGACUCAA